AUGAUGAGACUGGAAAGAUUGGAGCAUCUUGCCGAGAAAUUCCGUCGCAAGUGCGCGCUUUAUGAAGAAUGGGCGUACGGUAAAGAAGACGCCUUACGGUCAGCAGACUGGCGCUCCUGCGGACUCUACAAAAUCAAAGCACUUCGCAAGCGCCAUGAGGCAUUCGAGAGCGAUCUGGGAGCGCAUCAGGACAGAGUGGAACAAAUUGCUGCAAUCGCUCGUGAGCUAAACAAUUUGAGAUAUCCGGAUAUCGGUCCAAUUAAUGCAAGAUGCCAGGCGGUUUGCGACCAGUGGGACCGUCUCGGAAGUCUUUCCCAGCAGCGGCGCAGACAACUGGAAGAAGCGGAGCAAGUGGCAGAACGCCUCGAUAGGCUUUAUCUCGAUUUUGCUAAGCGUGCCGCUCCAUUCAACAACUGGUUGGACGGCGCUCGAGAAGACCUUGCUGAUACUGUAAUUGUGCACGAAAUGAAAGAAGUACAAGAAUUACUGGACGCACACAAUCGCUUCAAAUCAACAAUUUCCGAUGCUGACAGUGAAUUUAGAGCAAUCGUCGGUAUCGAACAGGUUGGCACAAAUCCGCUGAGGAAUAGCACAAAUCCGAAAUUUUGCCGAUAUUCCGAAAAAUGGGGCUGGGAGUAUCUGCGCGUUAUUAGCGAAAUAGGUCAGCUGAUUGAACAGCACGGUCUAGACAGAGAACUGCUGAGAAAUCCGUACACUGAUCUAUCGGGCGCUGAUAUCCGUCGCAAAUGGCAAGAGGUGCAGCACUCAAUACCGAAACGUGAUGCACAGCUGCAAAACGAGUACCAUCGUCAACAGAAUAACGAACGUUUGCGACAACUAUUCGCCGAGAAAGCGAACACAGUUGGCCCCUGGCUUGAGCGACAACUGGAGCAGGUUUUAGCGAUUGGACUGGGCGGACGAGGAAGCCUUGAAAGUGCCGUGUCGCAGCUAAAGUCCAUACAGCAGCAGACGUUCAAUUAUAAGCCGAAUUUGGAAGAACUGGAAAGAAUAAAUCAGGAGAUGCAAGAAAACUAUGUAUUCGAAAAUCGCGCUGCUCGUUACUCCAUGGAAUCAUUGCGUGUUGGUUGGGAAUCGUUAUUAACAUCUGUGAACAGGACAAUCAACGAAUGCGAAAAUCAAGGCGACCAGGAUAUGGGUAGGAUAUUAUCAGUGUUGGAUCCAAAUCGUAUGGGAAGAAUACCAUUUGAUGCUUUCUUAGAUUUUAUGACUCGCGAAACAGCUGAUGCGGAUACUGCUGAACAGAUGAUCGAGUCGUUCAGGAUUCUUUCAGCUGGAAAGGAGUGCGCGGAACAUACCACUACUGAUAAAAGAGUGGGACUUAUACUAUCGGUGGAAAAUUUAGCUACUGUACUGACCAUCGUUAACAGAGCGCUUUUUUUUUUUCAGCCCUACAUAACGGCGGAUGAGAUUCGCCGGGAGCUGCCAGCGGAUCAGGCCGAAUACUGUAUCGAGAGGAUGCAUCGUUACCAGGCAGUGAACGCUCCACCGGGUUCCUACGACUAUGUUUCGUUCAGUAAAAGUUUGUACAGUCACUGA